GGUAUUAGCAUUCUUGUACAUUCAUGUUAGGAUAGGUUUUUUUAUUUUUGGGGUUACGAGUAAGGUCCAAAGGCAUAGGGCAAAACAAUAGAAAUUCUAAUAGCCAAUGAUAGGAAUAGCCUCACAACGGGCAUCGAAUCCUCUUCGAUAGAGAGGGGGUGUAGCAUUGCACUACACCAUCUUUCUCUUUAUAAUAUAGAUAGAUAUAGAUAUCUAUAUAUAUGUAUACAUGUGUUCGUUUCUCUUUCAUUUCUCCUAUCAUAAGAAACACUGCAAUUACUUUGGUUGCUGAUAUUUACAGUGACCUUUCAACAAUGGGCAAGCAGAGGAAAUUAUUAGCGAUGGAUGAUGAUGGUAUUGGUGUGGAUGAUGGAUUCUCAAGCUUACCAGAGCCCCUAAUCCAACACAUACUUUCCUUCUUGCCCUUCCGGGAAGCCGUGAAGGCGGCUUUGGUGUGCAAGUCGUGGGGUCAGGCAUGCUCUUCUUUCCCAAUCCUCGAUUUCCAGACUACGGAGUUUGUCGGCAAGAACAGCCAGAAUACUGGCAAAAAGCUAGAAAUAAUGAUGGAGCUCGUGGAAGAAACCAUGAUGAGGUUUCAAGACCAGCAGUUGAAGAUAGACAUGUUCAAAUUCCACGACGAAUGCCUCGCGGAGGGCCCCAGGGGCUGGUUCCAUCAUAUAGAUAAGUGGAUAGGCAUAGCUCUUGACAACAAUGUCGAAGAGAGAAGCAUUAUUGAUGGAUCUCUUGGCGACCAGUCGUACCUGCUUUCAGAAAGGAUUCUGUCCGCCCCGUCUAUUAUUUCCCUUAAAUUGAAGGGUGGGGGUUUGGCUCUUUCCGCCUCGUCCGAUGCCUCAAUAAACCUCAAGCAUCUGCGAUCACUCACUCUUGAACUUUUCUCUAUUGAUGAUCGGAUGUUCAAGAGGCUUGUCAGUGCAUGCCAUUCACUCGAGUUUCUCUCAAUUGCACACUGCAGGGCCCUGAAGGAAAUCAGGGUUUCUGGGCCUCAUAAUAUCAAGAGGGUGCAUCUUGAAACAUCAUAUCCUACUACACUAGUCGAAAUAGAAGCCCCGAGUCUAGAAAGCUUCCACUACCGAUACAUCAGCUUUGGACAUGCAGAAUCCCUUGUGCUUACUUUGAAUCACAGUCCAAAUCUCAAGAGCUUAAAGGUGGCGAAUGUAUCAAACUCCGAUGAAUGGUUCGAGGAAUUCCUAUCGAGGUUCCCCGUGCUGGAAGACUUGACUAUUGAGUCCUGCUUCCUAUUGAGAAGGAUCAGAAUUUUAAGCCCAUUGAUUAGGAGCGUAGUGAUCAAGCAUUGCCAUAAUUUGAUAGACAUCAAUCUUGAGACUCCAGAGCUUACAUUGUUCGAGCUCCAUGCAAGAGAUGGAAUGCUGCCAUCCAUACGGAAGAAGACUACCCCGUCUAAUGACUGUGCGGCUCAUCUAAUAAUUCUUUCCUCUCAGCAGGUGGAACCUGGUUGGUCUUGUAAGCUGAUGAGUGAAUUCCUCCCAACAGCUUGCAAAUUAUUUAGGCCGAUGACUUUGAAUGUUUGGACUCCGGGGUUCGCUUUUGAACUCAGCUCUCACAUCAGAUACCGAUGGUUGGCAAAGUUGGCGUGCAACUUAAAACAAUUGUUGGGAGUUUGGUUACGCAGCCUAAGCGAGAAGAUGCUGCCCCUGGCAAUUGACCCAGCUAAAGUGAAUGGCUUGCUCUUGACUCCUCAUCCUACUUCUGCAACCAUAAUUGCAGGUUUGUCAGAAGACGAUUUCUUACAGUUCUUCUGCAAGAAGGUCGCUGAGACACAAGGUCGUUCAACUUCAGGGAGCUGUGACUGUUGGCCCUGGCCGCAUCAGUUGGAAGAUUUGAAGAUUGAAACAGUCACAGGAAGCGAUUACAGGGGACCUAUACGGAGAGACAGGCACACAAUAUGAAUGAGUAAGGAAAGAAAACAAAAAGGGUUAAGUAAUGUCUGCUUGCUUCCGCUGCUGUGCUGAUGGCUGUAGCUUGUGUAUAGAAGGAUCGAGCUCAGAAGAAGAUAUUAACAAAUACAAAUAUGAUGAAGAUGAAGCAGCUAAGCCUAUAGCAGAAGCUGGCGAUUUUUUUUUUUCAAUGUAAAAAAGACAUAGGAUUAGCCCUUUCCUAAUUAUCCUUAGGAUUGUUACAUACAGAGAAUUUGUUAUCUCUGUUUUCGAUGGUGAUUUUUUAUCAGGAUGGAUCUGCUAAAUGGCCUGACCUCUCUUCUGUCAAACUGAAGUGAUCUGAGUUGAAUUCCCUUGAUCACACGUCUUUCAUUCACAACUAUUACUGUUAUUUUUUCA